ACAAUGGAGUACUUCACAUUUGUCCUGCAGUGUGGCCUUAUUUUCAUUUUUGUGGAUCUCUCUCCAAUCAGUGGAGACGUGAGCUACUCGAUUCCAGAGGAAAUGAAACGUGGAUCUGUGAUCGGAAAUAUCGCCAAGGAUCUGGGACUUGAUUUGGGCACACUGACUACACGCAAAGCCCGGAUUGACACUGAGGAUAAUACCUUGCAAUACAGCAGCCUAAAUCUGAAAACCGGCGAGUUAAUUAUCCAUGACAGAAUCGACCGAGAGAGUCUUUGUGCGAAAAAAUCAUCGUGUGUUGUGAAACAGGAGUUUGUGCUGGAAAGCCCAUUAGAACUACAUCGUAUAAAUAUUCUCGUUCAGGACAUCAACGACAAUUCGCCACAGUUUAAAGACGAGUCGCUUCAAAUUGAAAUUCAAGAGUCUGCCGUGAAAGGUGCUUCUUUUAUGCUGGACGAGGCCCAUGAUGGCGACAUAGGAGAAAAUACUGUUCAGGGUUAUUCACUUCAGCAAAAUGAUAAUUUCAAAUUGCACGUUAAAAUGAAACCAGGUGGGCGUAAAUAUGGAGAAUUGGUCUUAAACAAAGAAUUGGACAGGGAAGAAAAAAAGGAGCUUGUGCUUAUGCUUACUGCAUUCGAUGGCGGCUCUCCUCAGAGAUCAGGCACCGCAGUCAUACAUGUCACUGUUCUGGACGCGAAUGACAAUGCACCCAUGUUUACUGAGAAUAUGUAUAAAGCCAGUUUGCCUGAGAGCGCUGCUCUGGAUACAGUGGUGAUUACUGUUAGUGCCACUGAUGAAGAUGAAGGGAUGUAUGCUGAAGUAAUUUACAGUUUUGAUCAGGUUUCUGAUGAAAAUCAGGUUUUCUCUAUGGACCCCAAAACAGGGGAAGUCAAGGUAGCUGGACUCAUUGAUUUUGAAAAGGAGUCUUCUUAUGAAAUGCAAAUAAGUGCUAAGGAUGGUCUGGGAAUGGCAACAUAUGCAACUUUGACAAUUGAGGUGACAGAUAUAAAUGAUAACACCCCAGUUAUACAUUUGAAAUCUAUAUCUAGUCCCAUACCAGAGAACAUACCGCCUGGUACAGAGGUGGGGAUCAUUAAUGUGCAGGACAGAGACUCUGAGAGUAAUGGACAGGUCCGCUGCUCCCUCCAGCAGGGUGUCCCUUUUAAAUUAGUUCCCUCUAUUAAAAACUAUUAUUCUCUGGUGAGCACAGGACAACUGGACCGUGAAGUGGUGUCUGAUUACAACAUAACAAUCACUGCCACUGACGAGGGAUCUCCACCUCUGUCCUCCUCGAAAAGUGUCCAGUUGUCUGUAGCUGACAUCAACGACAACCCACCUGUGUUUGAGGAAGAGUCGUACAGCGCAUAUGUGAGUGAAAAUAACAAAGCUGGCUCCACUUUAUGUUCCGUUGCUGCUCGAGAUCCUGACUGGAGACAAAACGGGACCGUGAUUUAUUCACUGUUAGCUGGAGAGGUGAACGGUGCCCCGGUGUCCUCGUAUGUGUCUGUGAAUGGAGACACGGGGGUGAUCCACGCUGUGAGGUCGUUUGAUUAUGAACAGUUGAGGAGUUUCAAAGUGCAGGUGAUGGCCAGAGACAACGGUUCUCCUCCCCUGAGCAGCAACGUGACAGUCAGUGUGUUCAUAUCAGAUGUGAAUGACAACGCUCCUCAGAUCUUGUACCCCGCCCCGGAGGGCAACUCCUUCAUGACUGAGCUGGUCCCCAAAGCUGCACACGGAGGCUCUCUGGUGUCCAAAGUGAUCGCAGUGGACGCGGACUCCGGACAGAACGCCUGGCUGUCCUACCAGAUAGUGAAAUCCACUGAUCCGGGACUUUUCACUAUCGGUGUCCACAGUGGAGAGAUCAGGACACAGCGGGACAUUUCUGAAUCUGACAGCAUGAAACAGAACCUGAUCGUGUCAGUGAAAGAUAACGGACAGCCCUCUCUGUCUGCCACCUGCUCCAUGUAUUUACUGAUUUCUGACAACUUGGCUGAGGUUCCAGAGCUGAAGGACAUUUCUUAUGAUGAGAAGAACUCCAAGCUGACUUCCUACCUGAUCAUUGCGCUGGUGUCUGUGUCCACCUUUUUUCUGACUUUCAUCAUUAUCAUCCUAGGUGUGAGGUUUUGUCGCAGGAGAAAGCCCAGACUUUUGUUUGAUGGAGCAGUGGCCAUCCCCAGUGCUUAUCUCCCUCCGAAUUACGCAGAUGUUGACGGCACAGGAACUUUACGCAGCACCUACAAUUAUGACGCCUACCUGACAACAGGAUCUCGAACCAGUGACUUUAAGUUUGUGAGCUCUUACAAUGACAACACGCUGCCUGCUGACCAGACUCUGAGGAAAAGUCCAUCAGACUUUGCGGACACUUUUGGAGAUGAUAGUUCACCUGAGGUAGGCUUGGAAUUGAUAUUUCUGAAAUAG